AUGCAGUCGAAGGCCAUCAAAUACUUUGCGCCGACCGAGUCGGCCAAGGUUGCUGUCGCCACCGACGCACCAACACUACCCACGUUCAAGGGCGCCGAAGCCGUUGUUGUCAAGAAGCAGCCGAGCUAUACGACGAGCGCGCUCUUGGCGUACAAAGUCGACACGUUCAUUUCGACGCGAAGAGGCCAGACCAUCACGCUGGUUUCGUUUGGCUCCAUGUUUACGAUCCUAAUCGGCCUUCUCAUCGGCGUGAUUGAACACGAGCUCACAGUGCCCGAUGCGAUCUGGAAGGCGUGGAUGUACAUGACCUUUCCAGGUGCGCAGCACAAGGCCGUGAGCUGGGACCAUCGGGCAAUCGCGAUGAUCGUUUCGAUCAUCGGCAUUCUCUUCUUUGCCGUCAUUCUCGGCUUCGUCGUGGACAGCGUCCGGGAAAAGAUGGACUCGCUCAAGAAGGGCAAGAGCAACGUCGUCGAAGAAAAUCACACGCUGCUCUUGGGCUGGACCGACAAGUCCAUUUACCUCAUCAAAGAACUGUGUCGCGCCAACGAAAGCGAAAAAGGCGGCGUCGUCGUCGUGCUCGCCGAACUUGAAAAGGAGCAACUCGAAGCCGAGAUUCACUCGCACAUGCACCCGGAUGAUUUCCUCGGCACGAAGGUCGUCUUUCGAACCGGGAACCCGCUCUUGAUUGUCGACCUAAAAAAAGUCUCGGCGCACACGGCACGAAGCAUUGUCAUCAUGGCCACCGUCGGUGACGCCGACAAGUCGGACGCGGCGGUGUUGCGCAUCAUUUUAUCUCUUCUUGGCCUCGACUCGCUUCGCGGCCACAUUGUUGCCGAAGUUCGUGACAUUGACAACGAGCCGCUUAUCUCGCUUGUUGGUGGCGGGGCGGUCGAGUCCCUCGUGUCCCACGACGUGAUUGGACGACUUGUAAUUAUGUCGGCGCGGUCCCCAGGCCUCGCCAAAGUCUUCCGCGCUGUCUUGGGCUUUGAAGGCAACGAAUUCUACAUCAAGGAGUGGCCAACCUGCGUCAAUGUACCGUUCGGCCGGCUGCAAGCCUACUUUGAAGAUGCGAUUCCGAUUGGUGUCGAGACGACUGACGGCGACAUCGUCAUCAAGCCGGACAAGGGCCGCUCCAUGCGUGCGGGUGAAAAGAUCAUCUUUCUUGCCGAAGACAACGACUCGUACAAGGUGCGCGAGACACCGAUCGAGAUUCCGUCCUGUCCCGACUACCCGCUCGUCGUGACGGAGCGCCACAUCGAGAAGAUUCUCAUGUGUGGGUGGCGACGCGACAUUCGUGACAUGAUCAAACUCAUCGACGACGUUGCAAUGCCCGGAUCCGAGGUGCACUUGCU